AUGACCAGCGUGCACCGCCUGUUCGGGGAGUGCCUGAGCCCAGGCCGAGGCCCCCGCCUUGGAAAAGGGCAGACAAGUUCCGGGUUCCCUCCCAGGUCGGGGCAGUCCGACCCUUUCCCCGUCACCCCUUUCAGGUAUCCAGAAAUUAAAGAGGAGCUGGGGGAGCUGGACCGCGUCACGGCGCAGACGCUCUUUGAUCUGUACAAAUACAACUUCUCCAGCAUCCUCGCGGCCCACGUCCGCGGCCGUCGUGACCUCCGGGAGACUCUGCCGCACCCGCUGCAGCGCCUGCGGGUCCCGCCCCCGCCCCCCGAGCCCCGCCGGGCACGCAGCGCCACGUCCAGCGUGCGAGACAACAACCCCCAAGUGGACCGGAAGGAUUGGAAGAUCGGCUUCCAGCUGUGCAACCAGAACAAAUCGGACUGCUUCUACCAGACAUACUCGUCCGGGGUGGAUGCGGUGAGGGAGUGGUACCGCUUCCAAUACAUCAACAUUCUGUCCAGACUGCCGGACCCCCCGCCAUCCCUGGAGUUGGGCAACUUCAUCUUCGCCUGCCGCUUCAACCAGGCCUCCUGCAACCAGGCGAAUUACUCUCACUUCCAUCACCCGAUGUAUGGGAACUGCUACACUUUCAAUGACAAGAACACCUCCAACCUCUGGAUGUCUUCCAUGCCCGGAAUCAGCAAUGGUCUGUCCCUGGUGCUGCGCACAGAGCAGAAGGACUUCAUCCCCCUGCUGUCCACGGUGACUGGGGCCAGGGUCAUGGUGCACGGGCAGGAUGAGCCUGCCUUUAUGGACGAUGGUGGCUUUAACUUGCGGCCUGGUGUGGAGACCUCCAUCAGCAUGAGGAAGGAAGCCCUGGACAGACUUGGGGGUGAUUAUGGCGACUGCACCCAGAAUGGCAGCGACGUGCCUGUCAAGAACCUUUACCAUUCCAAGUACACACAGCAGGUGUGCAUCCGCUCCUGCUUCCAGGAGAGCAUGAUCACACAGUGCGGCUGUGCCUACAUCUUGUACCCGCGGCCCCAGGAUGUGCAGGGCGUGGAGUACUGCGACUACAGGAAGCACAGCUCCUGGGGCUACUGCUACUAUAAGCUCCGGGAUUCCUUUUCCUCAGACAGGCUGGGCUGUUUCACCAAGUGCCGGAAGCCGUGCAGUGUGACCAGCUACAAGCUCUCUGCUGGUUACUCACGAUGGCCCUCGGUGACAUCCCAGGACUGGGUCUUCGAGAUGCUAUCCCGACAGAACAAUUACACUAUCAAAAACAAAAGAAACGGAGUUGCCAAACUCAACGUCUUCUUCAGGGAGCUGAACUACAGAACCAAUUCCGAGUCCCCCUCUGUCACGAUGGUCACCCUCCUGUCCAACUUGGGCAGCCAGUGGAGCCUGUGGUUCGGCUCCUCGGUGCUUUCUGUCGUGGAGAUGGCCGAGCUCGUCUUUGACCUCCUGGUCAUCACAGUCCUUAUGCUGCUCCGGAGGUUCCGAAGCCGAUACUGGUCUCCAGGCCGAGGGGCUGGGGGUGCGCAGGAGGUGGCCUCCACCCCAGCUGCCUCCCUCCCCUCCCACCUCUGCCCCCACCUUGCCUCCCCAUCCUUGUCCCAGCCGUCCUUGUCCCAGCCGGGCCCUGCCUCCUGCGAGGCCUUGACCGCCCCUCCACCUGCCUAUGCCUCCCUGGGCCCCUGCCCAUCUCUGUCAGGCCCCUGAGAGGAAGGAGAGUGCUUCUCCCCCCGAGGCAGGGGCUCCUCCUGGUGGGAGGAGAUGAGCCUUGGCAGGAUGAAAGGGUGUUUGGGGCUUCCUCUGAGAGCUGCCCAGCUGCCUUCCGUGUGGGGAAGGAAACGGAGGGGAAGGGGCUG